AUGAAGCCACCGGCGUUGAGACCUUGGCUUCCCACUGCCGCUCUACGACGGCGCCCUUGCUUCCGCAGGCCAUACGCCAUCCAGUCACCUGGCGCCCCAACUCUCCAAGUCUUCAACGAGAAUGUGAAGUACCUCCAGAAAGAACGGGCGGCCGCAAACGCAGAAUACAGUCGCAAGGCCGACUAUCUGAAAGAUGAAGUAGCUCAGCGGCUCGUCGACCGACUCCUCGAUAUCAAUCGCGAGUUCCCUCAUGUGCUCGACUUGGGUGCCAACAGCUGCAAUAUCGCACGGGCACUCUCUAAGCCGCCAUUGAUUGCGCCAGAGAUACCAGAAGGAGCAACAAAGGCCAAGAUCCCUCUCUCGGAACGAAUACACCACCUUACCUGCGCAGACACUUCUCCCACCGCCCUCCACCGUGAUGAUUCGCUGCCUGCACCCGCAGUCCCAAUCACCCAAGAAGUCCUCACUUCUCUAGAGACCCUCCCUUAUGAAGCCAACACGUUCGACGCUGUUCUCUCUUCUCUAUCUCUUCAUUGGAUCAACGAUCUCCCAUCAGUGCUGUCGAGCAUAAACAACAUUCUCAAACCUGACGCCCCAUUUCUCGCAGCCAUGUUUGGCGGAGACACUCUUUUUGAACUGCGCUCGUCGCUCCAAUUGGCCGACCUCGAGCGCCACGGCGGCGUUUCACCUCAUAUAUCACCUUUAGCAGACGUCCGAGACGUAGGGAACCUCCUCGGCCGAGCUGGAUUCAAACUUCUGACUGUCGAUGUUGACGAUAUAAUAGUCGAAUAUCCCGACACAUUUGCUUUGAUGACGGAUAUUCAAGCCAUGGGUGAGGGCAACGCCAUCCUCAAGUCCAUGGGCGGACCCAUGAGUCGAGAUGUGCUGCUGGCGAAUGAAGCCAUAUACAGGGAAUUACAUUGUAAAGAGGACGAAAAGGAUAGAAUACCGGCCACCUUUCGAGUGAUCUACAUGAUCGGGUGGAAGGCUGGUCAGGGACAACCACAACCUUUAGAGAGAGGAAGUGGGAAUGUCAGUAUGAAGGACAUCCUCGGCGGCGGAGAAUUCAUGUAG